GGCUUGGCGGUGGCGGGGCCGGUCCUCAGCCCCGCCGGCCCUCAGCCCCGCCUUCCGCGCCUCCGCUGGACGCGGCCACACUCCGCACAGCAGCUAUACCCUGCGGCCGCCCCGCCCGGCCCCACCCCGCCAGCUGCUUGGUGCUCCAGCCCCGCCCCGCCACCGCCUGGUCGGUCAGUCAGUCAGUCACGGAGCGCGCGGCGCGGGAGCUGCGGGUACUCGUUGCGUCUCGGGGGAAGGAGCGCCGCGCCUGGGAGGAGGAGGAGGAGAGCUGAGCGGCUGUCACGAUGGAACAACUUUCAGAUGAAGAAAUUGACCAUGGUGCUGAAGAAGAUAGUGACAAGGAAGACCAGGACCUGGACAAAAUGUUUGGAGCCUGGCUUGGGGAGCUAGACAAACUCACUCAGAGUUUAGAUUCUGACAAGCCCGUGGCACCAGUAAGAAGAUCUCCUCUUCGCCAGGAAACGAACAUGGCCAAUUUUUCUUACCGCUUCUCCAUAUACAACUUGAAUGAAGCUCUGAAUCAGGGAGAGACUGUGGAUUUGGAUGCCCUGAUGGCCGAUCUUUGCUCUAUAGAGCAGGAGCUCAGCAGUAUUGGUUCAGGAAAUAGUAAGCGUCAAAUCACAGAAACGAAAGCUACACAGAAAUUACCUGCUAGCCGACAUACAUCAAAGCAUGGCACCUUGAAAGGACUGUCUUCUUCAUCUAAUAGGAUAACCAAACCUUCACAUGCCAAUUACUCUCUGGAUGACAUCACUGCACAGUUAGAACAGGCCUCUUUGAGCAUGGAUGAAGCUGCACAGCAAUCAGUAUUGGAAGAUGCUAAGCCCUUAGUAACUAAUCAACACAGAAGAACAGCAUCAGCAGGUACAGUGAGUGAUGCUGAAGUACGCUCUAUUAGUAACUCUUCUCGUUCCAGCAUCACUUCUGCAGCUUCCAGUAUGGACUCUUUGGAUAUCGAUAAAGUAACAUGCCCUCAGGAAUUGGAUUUGACACAUCAGGGGCUACCAAUUACUGAGGAAGAACAGGCAGCAAAAUUGAAAGCUGAGAAGAUCAGAGUUGCCUUAGAGAAAAUUAAAGAGGCACAGGUGAAAAAGCUGGUGAUUAGAGUCCACAUGUCUGAUGACAGUUCUAAAACAAUGAUGGUGGAUGAGAGGCAGACAGUGAGACAAGUACUGGAUAAUCUGAUGGACAAAUCUCACUGUGGUUACAGUUUAGACUGGUCGCUGGUGGAAACUAUCUCUGAGUUACAAAUGGAGAGAAUCUUUGAAGACCAUGAAAACUUGGUUGAAAAUCUUCUUAAUUGGACAAGAGAUAGCCAAAACAAGCUUAUAUUUAUGGAACGUAUAGAAAAAUAUGCACUUUUCAAAAACCCACAGAAUUAUCUUCUGGGGAAAAAGGAAACAGCUGAGAUGGCAGACAGAAACAAAGAAGUGCUGCUAGAGGAAUGUUUUUGUGGGAGUUCUGUAACUGUACCAGAAAUUGAAGGAGUCCUUUGGUUGAAAGAUGAUGGCAAGAAGUCCUGGAAAAAGCGUUAUUUUCUUUUGCGAGCAUCUGGUAUCUACUAUGUCCCUAAAGGAAAAGCGAAGGUCUCCCGAGAUCUUGUGUGCUUUCUCCAGCUGGACCAUGUCAAUGUGUAUUAUGGACAGGACUAUAGGAACAAAUACAAAGCACCUACAGACUAUUGUCUCGUGCUAAAGCACCCACAGAUUCAGAAGAAAUCUCAGUAUAUCAAAUACCUUUGCUGUGAUGAUGUGAGAACCCUGCAUCAGUGGGUCAAUGGUAUCCGCAUUGCAAAGUAUGGGAAGCAGCUCUACAUGAACUAUCAAGAAGCCGUGAAGAGGACAGAGAUGCCUUAUGAUUGGACAUCUUUAUCAAGCUCCAGCAUUAAAUCAGGAUCUAGUUCUUCCAGCAUCCCAGAGUCUCAGUCAAAUCACUCUAAUCAGUCUGAUAGUGGGGUGUCAGACACCCAAACAGCAGGACACAUUCGUUCCCAGAGCAUCGUGAGCUCAGUCUUCUCUGAAGCCUGGAAACGAGGCACUCAGUUAGAAGAGUGCAGCAAGGCCAGAAUGGAAUCUGUGAACCGACCGUACACUUCACUUUUGCCCCCAUUAUCCCCACAACCUAAGAUAGUCACCCCCUACACUGCUUCACAGCCUUCGCCACCUCUGCCUCCACCUCCCCCCCCACCUCCUCCUCCUCCCCCACCUCCCCCCCCACCUCCUCCUCCUCUUCCCAGCCAAUCUGCACCUUCUUCAGGCUCAACAGCCACAAUGUUCGUCAAAUACAGCACAAUAACAAGGCUGCAGAACGCUUCUCAGCAUUCAGGACCCUUAUUUAAGCCUCCGCCACCCCUAGUGAUGCAGCCUCUGCCCUCUGCCUCACAGUCAAUAAAGCCUCAGGUCCUGGUGCCUCCCAGUGGAGCUGUUCCACCACCUCCUCCUCCCCCCCCACCCCCUACUCCUGGCUCCGCUAUGGCCCAGCUGAAGCCAGCACCAUGUGCCCCAUCCAUUCCACAGUUCAGCCCCCCACCUCCACCACUGAAGAUUCAUCAAGUUCAGCAUGUUACUCAAGCAGUUCCUCCAACACCACCACCACUUUCUCCCAUCCCUGCACCACUGCCUCCCCAAGCCCCCCCUAAACCCCUUGUGACCAACCCCCCACCAACCAGCACCAAGACGGGGCCACCCCUUGUUACACAAGCUGCAGCACCUGCAACUAUUCCUCCAAUCCCCCCAGCAAAAAAACAGCCAGCUUUUCCUGUUUCUCACAUCCCCCCUUCCCCACCUGCUCCGCCUAGUCCAGUUCCCCCACCGACAUUGCCCAAACAGCAGAGCUUCUGUGUAAAACCACCUCCCUCUCCACUGUCUCCAGUGCCCUCAGUUGUGAAGCAGAUAGCUAGCCAGUUUCCUCCCCCUCCAACUCCUCCUCCCAUGGAAUCUCAGCCCUUAAAGCCCAUCCCAGUCACUGCGGCCCCACAGUCUCCUCCUGCGGUGAAAGCAAAACCCAAAUGGCAGCCCAGCUCCAUUCCUGUCCCUUCUCCAGAUUUCCCUCCUCCUCCUCCUGAAAGCAGCCUGGUAUUUCCUCCACCACCACCUGCCCCAGUCCCAGUCCCAGCCCCACCGCCACCGCCACCACCACCACCAGCUAUAGCUUCUGUUAUACCUGACAAAAGUGGAUCUCCAGGCAAAAAGACCAGUAAGACGUCCAGCCCUGGGGGGAAGAAGCCACCCCCAACCCCACAGCGUAACUCCAGCAUUAAAUCCAGCAAUUGUGCAGAGCACCCUGAGCCUAAGAGACCCUCGAUAGACAGUUUGGUCAGCAAGUUUGCACUGUCAGCAGAACCCUCAGGGUCUCCCAGCAAGGAGACACCACCACCUCCUGCAGCACCCCCCAAGCCUGGAAAACUAAAUCUUUCUGGAGUUAACCUUCCCAGUGUUCUUCAACAAGGCUGUGUGUCAGCAAAAGCAUCUGUUCUGAGUGGGCAUGGAAAGGACUCUGCAGUAGAAUUUCCUUCUCCUCCUUCCGAUUCUGACUUCCCACCCCCUCCACCAGAAACAGAACUUCCUCUGCCGCCCAUAGAGAUUCCAGCAGUGUUCUCCGGAAGCACCUCUCCAAAAGUGGCAGUUGUUAAUCCUCAACCACAGCCUUGGUCCAAAACAUCAGUGAAGAAGGCUCCUCCACCCACACGACCCAAACGGAAUGACAGUACCCGCCUCACUCAAGUCGAAAUAUCUGAGCAGCCAACAAUAGCCACAGCUGUGCCACAAGUGCCCACCUCUCCCAAAUCCAGCCUUAGUGUCCAGCCUGGAUUCCUGGCUGACCUCAACAGGACACUGCAGCGGAAGUCUAUCACCCGGCAUGGCUCACUCUCCUCGUCCCGCAUGUCCAGAGCAGAACCCACAGCCACCAUGGAUGACAUGGCAUUGCCCCCGCCACCCCCUGAACUGCUUUCUGAUCAACAGAAAGCUGGUUAUGGAGGUAGUCAUAUAUCAGGCUAUGCAACGUUGCGGAGAGGACCCCCUCCUGCUCCCCCCAAAAGAGACCAGAACACCAAGCUCUCGAGAGACUGGUAGCUAACACAGAACUUUGAGUUUUAUGUUAUCUGUAAUCAGUUCUACAAUCAGUACACUUGAUUAUGAAAUCAGGUGUUCAGAGCCUCCUGGUAUGAUGGUGUUAUUCAGGUGGUGUCCAGCUGUAUGUAUACACAUGUUCUUGUACAUACGUAGCUAUAUAUAUAUUUAGGGGUGUGUAGGUGUGCGUAUGUAUUAUAUAUAUACAUACAUAACUGAGUGUGAUUCUAUUUAUUCCCUUUCUCUCCUAAUCUGAAGGUGGGUUUUAUGUGUUUUGGGUAGAAGAGGCAUGGAAGGGGAUGUGUGUCCUGUCCCUUAUGAUUUCUUUUAUCAUCUAUCAUGGAUUGGACCAAAAACUUCUGAUUACUUAUUUAGAAGGUGUUUUUCAGUGUCUGUCCAUGUGCAGCCUAUAUGUGCAUGUUGUAUAUUAUAAAUUAAUGUAUAGAUGUAUAACGUGCUGUUUCUCGGUUUGAGAAGACAACCAGAAUGUUUGGUAUACCUGUGGGGCUUUGGUGUUUGUUUGUUUUUUCCCCAAUUAGGUCUGCUUGACUGACACUUCAUUACUCUACACAAAGCGGGCACUUUAUAUUAGGAAACUCUCUUAGCUUCAUAGAAUGGGUAAAUAGUGCAGUGUGGGGAAACAGUUCACAGAUGGCAUCUAUUGUGGUUGUGCAUAGAAAAUAAAUACGUUCUAACUAAACCAUUUUAGUUGCGGUGCUACUGCAAUGACCCCACCCAAAUCUAGGAGGUGGAAUAAAUUUUCAGUCACAGGUAAGUUUUUUGCUUACAAUACAUGGGACAUUUAGGACUGUAAUCCUGGAUAGUUCCUUUUUAGUAUUUGAAUCCUUUUCAUGAGGUUUAUGAAGCUUCGUAAUCAAGUUUGGCUUGAAGAUUCUUUCUUGGAUUUUGUAAGAGAAUGUCAAACAAUACCCCUGUAAUUCUGUCUCCCUGUAUGUCUUCAUGUCACCAGUUACCUUCUUACUGUGGUGCUUUGGGUAGGUGAGUACAGUAGAUGUCUGUAGACAAUUGGUAUAUAAAAUAUAUACAUCCUGUGCCAGUAUGGUGCGUCAUUGAGAAAAAUAUCAGUCUUUCUUGUGAUUUGCUCUUUAAAAGGAUGGGUGAUUAGAAAAGAGAACAAAACUAGCCUGUUAGGUAUCAUCAACUAGGUUGUGUAAGUUUUAAACAUGCAAAGAAUCCAUUUAAGUAUGGGACUGUCAGAGGGAGGGGAAGAAAAUAAAAAUGAGAAUUUUGAGUUUCACCCCCAGCUUCUGGAGCACACUAGGAUCCCUACUUGUUAAACAUGCUUAUAGAGAUGUGCCCAGAUUACCAUUUGUUCUGGUGGUAUGAUGUAGCCCUAGUACACUAAGUGACAUCACAUAUUAUGCAUGUGAAAACUUGGUAUAAAAUGAAAUAACUGCUCCAAUGACAGAACUCACACUGUGUUUCUACAUGUGUUUUUUUUCUGUGAGUAUUCUUUGGUACAAGAGAGAAAGGUGUACUGUCUCAUCAAUUUAUGAUGAUAAAUUGGCCAUUGGGAUUAAAAUGCAAUAUCUCAGAGCUGCUUUUAAACAAAGGAAUAAAAACUGGCAAUAUCAGCUAUCAUAAAUGAAAUGGGGUAGAAAUGAUAAAUCAAGAAUAAGAGAAAAUUGUACUGUGUACACAGGUUGUCAUUAUAUAACCCACUCUCCAAGAAAGUAUUGUGUCAUAGAGAGAAAUAGGUGGCCCCUCUCCAUUGCCACACCUCCAGUGUCUCCUGGAGAUUGAUGUAUUUAUGUGGUUGUGGAGCAAUAAGCAUAGAUACCAUUGUGCAUUUUAAAGCCCUGCCUCUUUAAAAAACACACUUUGAUCUCUUUUAAAUUCUUCAGUUUUGUUUGCUUGAUAUUCUUGUGCUUUUGAAGUGACCUUUAACAUCUGCAUUGUUAGCUCAAGCAUGAACAGCAAAGCUGGGUAACGUUUUUGAGUACAGAUUGUGGUGCUCCAUUGUGAUUCAUGGAUGAAGUAAUUUCACAUUCUUCUUGGCCUGCAGCUUUAUAGUCUAAAGAUCACCCUUAUUUGUGGGGCAAGAUUUACUAAGAAUGGGAAUCCAAUUAUCUGACUAUUCACCACUAGGUAUUUUGUUGGUUUUUUGUUUUUGUUUUUUUGGUUAUGGUGUUUUUUUAUAUGAAACUGGAAAACUUCAACUUUUCCUUAAGGAAAAAAUAAAUGUACCCUCCCCCCCGCCUCCAACUUUCUUCUCUCCUGAUUUGAGCUCCAAGACACAGCCUUUGUUUUUUCAUUCAGUGUGGAAACUCCGGGGUUUUCUUGCUUCAGUUUGGAGAGCUAUCCUGAAUCAAUGCUUCUGGUUUAUCAUUUUUCUGGAAGAGCAGACACCCUUUGAAAUAUUAGUAGACAUGAAGAAGACAGCACUAUGUGCAGGGCCAGAGGUGGGACCAUGUCAUUUUUAUCCCAAAUCCAGUGGCUUUUCUGACAACAGGCUGCUGUAUCCUUUUAAAUUUCUCCAAAGAUGGAAAUAGCUAUUAAUCAACUUUUUCUUUUCUUGUGCAUGAAAUAACUGAAUCAAGAAACCAAAAUGAUGGUUUAGAUUAUAUUUGCAGGUGUUUGUUCCCUAGUAGUUCUUUUUUUAAUUUUUUUUUUUUUUUUGUUGGGAUAUAGUUUGUUUUGGUUUUAGACCACUCUUUAUCUCGCUGUAGCUGUUCUUUUUUUCUCUGGUGUGUUAAUAGAAAAUACCUACUGCCAGAUGACACUAGUACUGUGCCUUUUUUAACUGCCUUAUGCUCAGCAGCUCCCCCAGCAUGGUUUCUUCAGGUCCAAGGAGGAAAUCUGGACAGCUGACUUAGCUGUACUGAAAAAUGAGCAGCAUGGAUGAAAUACUGCUACUGAGGGCAGUGCAAACAGGUGCCUGUUAGAGCUAGUGACUUGUUUAACAGCAUGAAUUUUUGCCAUAGAUAAUUUGAAAGUUGGAUCACCCUAUGCUUAAAGUUUUGGCAUUAACUCUGAAAGGCAACAGAACCUACUCUGUUCAUAAAAGAACUUUAGGUUCAUAGGUAAUACAAGUAUCCAACUAUUCUGUAUUGAAAUUUUAGCAACUUGGCUUUUACUACUCAGAAGCAAAAUACACAAUACAUUUUUUUCCUUAGCUGGUAAACUUCUCAUUUGGGAAAACUAACCAUUUUAAGGUUUUACAGAUACCUAUUUAAGUGUAAAUCAAAAUAAAGUGAAAAAGGAUGCUGAAAACUAUUUUCAUCAGAAAAUUUCAAACUAAGUAAUGUAGAGAUGAUGGUCUUUUACAAUCCCCUAAAAUUAAGGUCUUCUUGCCCAGUGAUGGCAUAUUCUGCAAAGGGUAGCGAACUGUCUCAAAAGGUCCCAUUUAUAUCAGUUUACUUGUCCCCUGAAACAGUGCUGAAUUUAUCAAGAAAGAAUCACCUAUCAGACCAAUAGAACCCUUUGACACCUUUUUCCUUCAGCUAAAAACACUUCUAUGUCACAAACACAAGAUUUUAAAUAAGAUUUUAAAAAGGUAAAAACCCUUUCCUAUUUCAUAAGCUAUUACCAGACUUCUUAUGCCUUUAAAGCUGACAAAUUAAAACUCAUGUAAUCUCACAGAUUUUAUUCAAGUUUAGACCAAUUAAACCUGUAUGGCUUGUAUGAUUAUUAGGAGUGAUGACUUGCUUUAAAUAAAAUAGGUAUUAAUAUAGUUGGAUUUAUACACUUGAUGAGAGAAUGUUUAUUUCUGAAAAUCUGUUUAGAUUAUAAAUACCUUUUGGAACUUUGAUUUUCUUUUGCUUCAUACACUUUAUAACAUCCCAUCAUUUUAAAGGGUAUACCUAACCCUGCAGGAAUAUGUGACCUCUCAACAAAGUCUGAGAUCUGAUCCAAGGAGAGAUGCAGGUAGAACAGAAUUAAAUAUCCCACUAUCUUUUAAGAUUUAUUUUCCUUUUAAAAUUUAGUGACAAGAACAUUUUAACAACAAUUACCAGCCUAUCCCUCAAAGAGAUGCUAAGUUCUUGUGCCCUUGAAAGUUCUACAUGUAACAGAUAUCUGAAACACCAGCUGUAGAAUAAACAUACUAAAUAAAACAGACAAAACAACAUACUGGAUAAACACUUGAAGCAAAAAAAAAAAUCAAUUGGUUUAUUCUUUGCUUGUUAAAGUAAUUUAGAAAACAAUAUUUGCUGUAAUUCCCAGUGCCUUGAACUCUUGGAGGAACAGUAUAUAAAAAAUAGAAAUCAAACAAGCAAAUUUUGAGGUGCUAAUCAAAGAGAAGGAAAGGUGAGUAUUUCUUGUUUGGGCAGAAAUAGAAAAAGUGACAUCUCACAAGAGAUGGUGUCAUCUACCCAAUGGGGUCUCGCUGCUUUCUACCAAAGACAUUAAAGAAGUGAAUUCAGUCAGGGUGAUGGUGGAUACUCCAUACUUAAAAGAUGGCUAGGUUCAGAUAGUUAUUAGUGUCAAAGCUCAUGAUUGUGGAAGCCUCAACUUCUUAGGCUGUAGAAUACCUUUGCAGCACUUAAGGAAAAAAACCCUUAUGUUUUGGAAGCCGUCCAUUAAGUUUAUUGUAACUAAUACCAAAAAUUUCCAUUGUCCAUGAUUCCACACAUCCUAAAUAUUUUCUCUAUACUUGUAAAUAAUAUCUCCUAGAAAAUAAGCAUUAACUGGAAUGUUUCAAAUGAUUUUGCUUCAUUUUAUUAUAAGCUAUUAGUGAACUCCUUUUAUAGAGAUGUACAUUUAAAAUAAAAUUUCAUUAGCCUGUGUUAAAUGUUGUAAAAACAUUGUUUACUAUUUUAAAGGAAAAUUGCACAUGUAUUUAACUGGGAUUGCUCCCUCCCCUCCUUUCCCCAUUUCUUUAAAAAAGGGACUCAAGGCUCACACCAACUUCUAGGUUGUGGGAGGUUUGUCAUAAAUAAAUAGAUACAAUGUAGAAAUAUACUUUUUUAAAGCAUGAAAAAGAGGACAAAAGGAAUUGCAUUAUAAGGUAUCCAAUAGAGGACAUUAUUUAAAGGAUUAUGCACAGCUUGGUAAAGAUGAAGUUAUGAUUUUUCUUUUGACUUUGUUGCUAUUAUGUUCUGCAUAAAUGUAUGCUCUCAUUUCAUUAUGUGCCUUGCUUCCUGAUUGUGCAAAGCUAUAAACAUAUAUAGGUAUAUAUAUGUAUAUAUAUAUAUGAGAGAUAUAUUCAGUACUACUGACGAUGUUUUUGUUCUUCUGCUGGAUUAAAUUAUUUUCAAAGUUACUCUUGCCAGUUACUGUCAGUAAACUUUGUAUGGCUUAGGACAGUAGUCAUACAGUCAGUGUAAAUUUGUUUUUCAGUUACAUGUUUUCAUUUUGUCAGCUUACCUAAUCCUUAAUAAAAAAAAAAAUAGAUUUCAUUUGAA